AGCAGCUAAAGAAAAAAACACGGAUGAUGCAGUUCCUCCGAUCGAUAGACUAGAAGAGUCCAACUUGGUCAUGGUAGUUUCAUACUUCAACGGAAAUUUUUUCACUAAAAGGACCGCAAAGAACUAAACAUAAGAAACACGAGGCGUUGCUAAGAACGAUAACUGCCCCGUCAUCUCAUUACCGUCUCUUUCGUGUUGUAAUGCUAAUGUCCGAACAAAUACUCCGAGCUUCGAUACUACUUUCUCCUCGGUGAUUUCGACCAAUCCCCAAUCGUACAGUCUUAGCGACUCUCUCCUAGCGAAAAAAAUGGCAUCUUCCGCCUCCUCAUCUUCGGGCGGAGCAAGUGCUGUGAAUAAGGAUCUCAGCGCGGUGCUCGCGGCCGUGGCGGAUCUGCAAAAUGCCGCGCCGAAAGCCGGCACGACCGGGCGGAUGCCUUUUUUGGACGCCAAAGCGCAGCUGAUGCUCAGCUACCUGCUCGAAUUAGUGGACUAUCUCCUGCACCAGACAAAAGGUUGUGGAACAAGCGGGGAACAAGACCAGCAAACGAGCGAGUUGAGCGAGGAAGGGGAACCGGAAGCGACAAAUUUACAGGAGGACCCGUCGUCCAGCAGUGCGGCAAGUAAGCGCUUUGAGCAGCUGUACCGCAUCCGGUUGGCGUUCAGUCGUGUGAAGGGACUGGACCAAAAGCUGCAGUAUUCCAUCCAGAAACUUCUCGACACGGAGGAGGGGAAACUGCAAUCUUCCGGCGCAAGACCCAGCUUGCGGCUCGCCAAGGGCAGCUUGAUCGCUGGGGAAAACGAAGACGACGAAUUCAAGAACGCCAUGGAAGACGAGCCAGAAGCAGGAGGUCAGCAGCUCAAAAACGGAAAGUCUGAACAAUCUGGCGAGGACAAAAUCUACCGGCCGCCGAAGAUCACUUCGAUGGAGUACACCGGGUAUGACAAGAGCGUAAACAAGGCAGAGAAGCAACUGGAGCGCGAGCAGCGCAGGCUGCAAAACACAAACAUUUUCAAGGCACUCAAGGAGGUGGCGAUGGAGGGCGAAAUAGAUGCAACGGCUGUUGAGGUACUUCAAAAAAUAACAUCAUACUUUUACGAUUAGACAAUGCAGAAGUGUGAAUAAGAUGUCGUGGUGGUGUUUAUGAAUGAAACCUGUGUCACGACGCCUAUGUCUAUAGCAUUUGCAAGGCAAUAGAGAGUUCUGUCGGUCAAGCAGCUGAUUCAUCAAUUAAAAAACUCCAUCGCAGGUUGGUGGUAGCGAACGUAGUGGGCGCACGGACGAGGUGGAGAAGUUGAUGCGCAAGCAAAGGGAGCGACAGGCCUACGAGGAAGACAACUUGACGCGCCUUCGCCAGACGAAGCAGGACAAGAAGGAUGCCAAGCGGCUGAAGCAGCUGCGGCAGCAGGGCGGCGGCUCGGAUGGAGCUGUGGGUCUUCGAGACUUGCUGAAAGAAGUAGACUCCUUCUCCGCCUCCGGGGAAAGGCUCGCGACCUUCCGCAAUGCCAAACAGAAGCUUUCCGACAUGCACCAAGUGCGCAAAGAAGCAGGUGCGAUGAGCGGAAGCAAAAAGAAAGCCGCUGGAGGGGGUAAAGGAAAACAAAAGGGAGGUGGAAAGCGACGGGGUCGGUGAACCUGCGCCUGAUUACAGAGCACGAUCAAUUACGUUGCAGCUACCUCAAAAGGACGAGACUACCUCGACCAAAGAAACAACAAGAAGAUCAGAACGAAAAAACGUGCUGCAUUUAAUUUCGAGCAUUUUCCGCGAGAAACAGAAAACCA